AAGCUCGGUUGAAUUCUGUCGCUCCCCUUUCCCAACGAGGCACAGCUCGCCCGCUCUUCCGCUCCGAAGGAAGCCGCUGCAAGCAUUAUGACCGCGCUGCGAUUCUUCCUCGGUGACCGUUCGGCCAGCUAUACGUCAGCCAAACCGAAUAGACACAACUUCACAUCCAAUCUGCGUGCAGGAAGGAAGAAUGCAGUUGAAGGGGGCGGUGAGCAUGACGUCGGCCAAUUCCCCCUCGCCAUACCCUCCUCUUUGCCGCCAUCGACAUCUGUGUUCGAGUGUGUGGCUCUUCUGCUCCUGGGCCGCGCUGCCAGUCAUCCAUACACCGCGACGUUUUUGAUCGACAAAGUGAUUGAAGAGGAGGAGGAAAGGGAAGAGGAGGAAAGGGAAGAGGAGGAAAUCGCAUGGCUCGAUGUAACGGGCUCAGAGCGGCCGUCUGUCCGUAUAAACGACAGCAUCAGUGGCGGCGUUAACGAAUGGUCAGACGUUGACCGCCUCCUCACCAGUCAUCACAACCGCUCGGACACGUCGCCUGGCACGUACACCUCUUGCAACUCCAUACCGCCAUCCGCUUCGUCAAAGACCCCCAACGCUUCAAGCUCUGUCGCGGCACUAGAAAACGAGAGCAUGUGCUACUAUAGUGACGGCGAUGGUGUAGGCAGCUCGCCUUCGUCAACGCGCUCAUUUUUUCUAGGCCAAAAGCCUACCCGCAGAGCAAGCCUCAUCAACCUGCUGCAGAGCUACAAGAGCGCCACGUACGCGCCUGCCGCGUGCUCCAGGAUGCUUCCGUAUCUGAAUUCAUCGCUCGGCGCGUUUGUCGGUCCAACUUGA